GGCGUGGUGAGCGAAGGCGAGUGUGUGCUGUGUGAGCUACAGUAGUACCGGAGGAUGAGCAUGGACAGCGGCUCCUCUCCUCCUCCUCCUCUUCCUCCUCCCUGUCAAAAGCAGCCGGGGAGAAAGCUGAAGACGUUCUGCCUCAUCAUUGACACCUGGAGCUGGGAAUAAAGCGAGCAGCGUGUGAAGCCUGUCGUGCCUACCCGACCCACGUUGCCUCAAGCAGAGAUGAGACAGAUGACGGAGGGCAAACUUUGCCAAGUACAGCUGCUGGAUGACAGGAAGCUCGAGCUGCUGGUUCAGCCGAAGCUCCUGUCCUACGAACUCCUCGACUUGGUGUCCUCCCACUUCAACCUUAAAGAGAAGGAGUUCUUUGGACUCGCAUUUUUUGAUGACAAUGGUCAGCGUAAGUGGCUGCAGAUGGACCGCAGGGUUCUCGAUCAUGACUUUUCGAAGAAGUCCACGCCCAUUGCCCUCGUCUUCUUGGUCAGAUUCUAUGUCGAAAACAUAACGCAGCUUAAGGACAUCAUCACGGUGGAGUUAUUUUUCCUGAAUGCAAAAGCUGCUGUCUACAAUGGGAUUAUUGAAGUGGAAAGUGAAAAUGUCUUCAAAUUAGCCGCGAAUGCUCUGCAGGAGGCGAAGGGCGAUUACACAAGUGAUGAAAACACUCGAACGGAACUGAAGAAACUUCCAACUCUUCCCACCAAAGUACUCAAGGAACACCCGUCACUUGCAUACUGUGAGGAUCGAGUCAUUGAAUAUUACAAACUGCUGAAAGGGGUUUCCCGUGGACAAGCCAUCGUGCAGUACUUGACGUUAGUGGAGUCGCUGCCCACGUACGGCGUGCACUAUUAUGAAGUGAAGGAUAAACAAGGGAUCCCGUGGUGGCUUGGAAUCAGCUAUAAGGGCAUUGGCCAGUAUGACCUGCAGGAUAAAUUAAAACCUCGAAAGCUAUACCAGUGGAAGCAGCUUGAAAACUUGUACUUCCGAGAGAAGAAAUUUGCUGUAGAAGUCAAUGAUCCACACAGGAGAGCAGUAACCAAGCGCACGUUUGGGCAGACGGGCCUGCUCAUCCACACGUGGUAUGCCAGCCACUCUCUGAUUAAAACCAUCUGGGUCAUGGCUAUCAGCCAGCACCAGUUCUACCUGGAUAGAAAGCAGAGCAAAGGUAAAUUGGGAACAGCAAGGAGCUUGGAAGAAAUCGCCAUGGAUCUCUCAGACCACGAAGGAGGAAAAAUAAACAGACUGGGAGACACAAGCCUGAAGAAUAACCUCAUAACAGCCAGCAAUGGGAGCCUGGUAUCUACAGGUUCUGCUGACUCUGAAAUGAGUGAGGAACAGAAGAAAGAGAAACUCGCUGAGCUGAGAAAAAAAGAGCAGGAGAUCCAGGAUAUCUUGGCCAAGAAAACAAAAGAAUUGAAAAAGAUCUGUCUGAGAGAGGCGGAGAUCACGGGCAAGUUGCCAAAGGAGUAUCCCCUCUCCUCAGGUGAAAGACCGCCACAGGUCAGACGGCGAGUUGGCACCGCUUUCAAACUAGACGACCUCUUCCCCUACAAUGAGGACCCUUUCCUCAGGAACCUGGAGAGCAGAUUUGCUCUGCAGCAGAAGAUCGUGGAAGCAGCAAAGAAGCUCGCAAACGAGUCAGAAUUAUGCAAAACAGUCAAGAAGAAGAGGAGAAGAAACUGCCUGGAUGCCAUGCACAAACUCCAACAGAUUGAGGACGAGAUGAACCAGUACAGAAUCAAGAAGGGAAAGAAGCCCACGCAGCGGGCCUCAGUAAUCAUCGCAGAUGAACUUGUCCGUUCAGACUGUAGCUCACUGUCUAGUCUCCCACUGGAUGAUGAUGACUCAGACGGCGUCAGCCAGAGGCCACGGUCACGGUCGGUCCAAGGUUCUCCACAGCUCAGUCCGAUGCGAUCACUGGGGGCAGAAUAUGAUCUGGAGAGACAGGGAUCUCCGAGGGAAAAUUACACCAAGAACCACAGCAGAUUAGCUUUUGAAGGCCAGGAGGGCUCCCACCACUACCACAAUCCCAGAGAAGUCUCUUCUGCCCACAGUAGUCCCUAUAAAACCCUUCCCAGACCUCCUAGAGAUCCACGCAGCAUGCCUCCCACCCCGGCUAUGACCCGCAAUGCCUACAGCAGCAGCCAGCUCAGGUCAGAGGGGUCACCUCACUGCUUCAGGCAUCGCAGCGGAAGUCUUGAGUCACAGCCGCGGCUCAGAAAAGACACAGAUUCAGAGAAGCCCGUGUUCAUCCUGUCACAUGCCCACCGCAGCAACAGUACAGAGAUGUUGGAGGACUGCUCCUCUUACACCAGCCAGUCCAGUCUGGACUACGGCGGAGCAGCCAACUCCCACUACAGUACACUGGACUCCCGCACCUCAACCUUGCAUCGCCUCCACAGAAAGGUGGACGUGUAUGGAAAUACUGGGAGCAUGCCCAACCUGGUCCAGCACCAUUCUGGUUGCAGUUAUUCAUGUGACACCUCUGCACACUACACACCCAGUGCCUACUAUGUCACUGACUAUCCCUGCUCAGACAUGGAGCCUUUUACUAAUGGCGGCUUCAUGUAUGAGAACGAAGUCGAAGGCCACUACAACGUCAACCCUUCCUACCAAGUUAAUGGCUAUCACGGACAUGACAGAUUCAGACAUUACGGUAGUGACCGGGCAGACGGACUUUCCCAGAAUCCCUAUGCGACGGUGAGGCCGCCGCGAAACAGGGAAGGGCCCAGAAAUGAGCUCUUGGCCAAGAACAUGCAGAAGGCCCUGGUGGCGGAGCAUCUGAAAGGCUGGUACCACCGCAGCAGGGGCGGAGGGAGAGGGAUGCUGGCCGGGUAUGACUUUGACAGCGGCUCUCAGCUCAGUCUGGGCUACCAGACCAUGCCAGCGGGCUUUAGCCACUCCAGUAGGACCACCUCUUUCUCCUCAGUGUCCUCUGCAGACAGCGCAGGGAACUGGCGCAACCAGCUGGUAGUUGGCCUGACGGAGUACGACGCACCCGUCACACCUCAGCACCCUGGAGCUCAUGCGUCCCCGUACAACAACCGCAGUCCCUCACACAGCAGAUUUUCUCCAGAGAACAAAGUGUCUGACACUGAGCCUAAAAAUUCUGAGUCAGUUGAGGUGGUUGGUGCUGAAGCCACUAGUACAGACGAACCUUCAGACAACCAUUCUAGCACUUAAGGAUUUCAUCUGGAUGGAAGCUACAUGAGCAUCCGCUGAAAAGGACCAAAUCAAAUUUUGGCACAAAG